AUGCCUACUGAAAAUACGUACUCCACUCUGAAGAAGCGUUUGCUUGAAGAAUUUUCAAUUUCCGAGCAAAAAAGGUUGAGAAAACUGCUUCAAGACAUGGAUCUGGGCGAUUUGCGUCCUUCUCAACUCCUGCGUGAGAUGAAAAACUUGGCCGGAACACAAAUGAAUGAACUUGAACUUAGGUCAAUGUGGAUGACGCACUUGCCAGCGAAUAUGCGCGCAAUCAUUUCAGUAAGCAGCGAACCUCUGGAUAAAAUCGCUGUUAUGGCAGAUAAGAUCGCCGAAGUGAAUGACGCUUGUUCUAUUCAAGAAAUUCGUUUACCCACAACCUCCAGGGUAAGUGAUGUUUCUCUUCCCCAACAGAUAUCACAGUUAUCGAUGGAAGUGGCCGAGUUAAGGGCUGAACUCAGACGUUCUCGCAGCCGUGCAACUUCAAGACACCGUAGUCGAAGAAACAGUGUUGACCGUGACGACGAAGGUCUCUGCUGGUAUCAUUGCAAGUUUGGUCGUAGCGCCAAAAAAUGCAAAGAACCAUGCAGCAAAAACUUAAACUAG